AUGGCAAAAGAUCAAUCUUCAAACCAUGCCUACCGAGCCAUACGCGCAUCCUAUACGCCCAAAACCAUAACUGUCUAUCAGGCAUAUCCUCCAGAAAUUUCAAAUCCAGCACUUAAGGCACAAAGGUUUACACCGCCAUUUUCCCGAACCAGGAUGACGUGGAUCAAACCCUCGUUCCUAUGGAUGGCGUAUCGCAGUGGAUGGGCAACGAAGCAGCGUCAAGAGCGUGUGUUGGCUAUCGAAAUUACACGGGAAGGGUUUGAGUGGGCACUCCAGGUCUCGUGCCUGAGCCAUUGGGAUGCAAAGGGCGAAAAGACGACAUUGGAUAAGGAGCAAUGGCAGCAAAAGCUUCAUGCAAGUCCUGUUCGCAUCCAAUGGGAUCCAGAGCGAGACUUUGAAUUUCGACCCCUGGAUUAUCGCUCUAUUCAAAUUGGACUGGGUCCUGAGGCUGUGACGCGAUAUGUUGAUGAUUGGAUUGUUUCCAUUACGGAUGUCACGAACCUGAUGCACAAAAUCAGAGAUCACGUCGAGGAGGGGAAUCUUGAGGCUGCAGAAAGGCUUUUGCCGAUUGAGGAGGCAUAUCCAUUACCAGCCGAGCUGAAAGAAAUUCUGCAGGCCUCAAGCUGA